GCCCCCUCGGACUGGCCACGUCGGUCCAGUUCGGCGCAUGCGCGGUCAACGCCGCCUGAAGACCGGCGUCGCGAGUCUGAGGCGUUGGUGCGCCCGCGCGCGGGUGUGCGGGGCCGUUAAGGAAGGCCUACUGCCGCAGUCCCGCGGCCAUGAUGCCUGGGGCAACGAUCACAGCCAACAGCGUGCCCCUGUAUGACCCCCGCCUGCUUCAGGAGCUGGACUGGAGCCAGAGCAACGUUACCUUCUCUCCCGCCAUUUCUCCCGCAGACCCCGGUGAGGGUUUGGUGCUGCGACCUCUAUGCAUUGGGGACAACAACAGAGGCUUUUUGAAAGUUCUGGGUCAGCUGACGGACACUGGAGCUGUGAGCCCGGAGCAAUUCACCAAGACCUUUGAGCACAUGAAGAGUUCUGGAGACUACUAUGUGACGGUGGUAGAAGAUACAAAUCUGGGACAGAUUGUGGCUACUGCAACAUUAGUGAUAGAACAGAAGUUCACUCAUUCAUGUGCAAAGAGGGGACGCAUUGAAGAUGUUGUUGUAAGCGGGGAGUGUCGAGGGAAGCAGCUCGGGAAACUACUGACGUCCACCCUGACACUGCUAAGCAAGCGACUGAAUUGUUACAAAAUCACGCUGGAGUGCCUGCCGAAAAACGUGGCUUUUUAUAAAAAAUUCGGAUAUUCGGUAUCUGAAGAAAACUACAUGUACCAGAGGUUCUACAACUGAGAAGCUGCCGGCCCGUGAUCUCUUGCGACAGACCGACUUCUGGUGGAGGGAGCUUUGCCGCCGUCUCUAUUCUUCGUGGAAAGCAAAUAUUUACUGUAAAUGGGAGGAUCGCCUCCAAAAAGGGGGCAACUAAUAUUGAAAUGCUGCAGACGGAUUCUUUUAGGUUUCUUUGCAGACAGAAACCUACUUUUCCUACUGUUCGCACUCUGCGACUCUCGUUAGCAGGGAGUGGACGAAUAUUACGGAGGGAGAUGGUUUUCUAAACCAAAGGGUCUAUAUUUUUACCUGAUGCAUUUUCUUGCCUUGUAUUUUUCUAGAAGUUUGGGCUGCUUCUUCUGGGUAGCCAAACGGUUCUGACGGGUUUGGGAAUGAUAAAUGCAAGAUCAUCACGCUUGAUGGUCAUACUGUUGUCAUGAAUGUACCUCGUGGGGGCAGUUUCCCGGCUGGGGUAGCUUGUGCGGUUGGUUCUGUUUAGGUCAAAAUUAGUAGGGUUCAGACAUCUGUUUUAACACCUUGGACACCCCUGCAGGUAAUGCCCACAAGCAAACCUGGAUAUGCAAGAUACUUUUCAGUUAUUUUAGGAACAGGAUGUGUGAGACCCCUUGUCCCUGCUUAAAGAGGAUUUCCAGUAUAAUCUCUCUCUCUUACAGACACAUCCCUUACCUGCUUGAACAAGGUGGUAUUUAUGUUUGCAGGUGAAAGAUUCUGCCAUAUUCAGUGCAUACUAGAUGUCCAAAAUCCUGCUCUCAGGAGGUGAAUGGAGUCGGGCACUUCUGGUUUACAUGUCAGGUUUUUAGCACUUUUUGUCGUUUGUUGACAAUAAAUGUAUGACAGACCCAACUGCUGCAGCAUGUUCAGGGCACUGCAAAUAAAUGAAGGCUAUUAUUGAAAAGCGUAGAAAAUCAUAACAAGGCUUCAGUGCACCACAGAGGGCUAUUCUCAGCUGGGAGAGCUGUUCCGUGUCAUUGUGGUACUUAACUUUCUCAGCAAAGUUUGUUCUAUUUAUUCAGUCUUAACGUCUUGUACAACUGAAGAAUGGGGACUUGACGGAUCCCGGUUUGAAUCUAAUCAUUGUGACCCCUUUGCUUGAAAAGUGCUGUGGUUUGAAUGUGCUGCUGCCCACCCAGGGCGCUGUGAUUAAAUCUCUGCUGUUUGUUAAAAA